AUGAUACCAGUCAAUAAUACACAAAUUUCAGAAUUUCUUCUGCUGAGAUUUUCAGAAGAAGCAGAACAGCAGCCCCUGAUAUUAGGACUCUUCCUCAGCAUGUAUCUGAUCACUGUGUUUGGAAACCUGCUCAUCAUCCUGGCUGUCAGCUCUGACUCCCACCUUCAGACGCCCAUGUACUUCUUCCUCUCCAACCUGUCCUUUGCUGACAUCUGUUUCAUCUCCACAACCAUCCCAAACAUGUUGGUGAACAUCCAGACACACAGCAAAGUCAUUACCUAUAAAGGUUGCAUCACCCAGGUGUAUUUUUCCACACUGUUUGCAGGGUUGGACAACUUUCUCCUGAUUGUGAUGGCCUAUGACCGCUAUGUGGCCAUCUGCCACCCCCUGCAUUACAUGGUCAUCAUGAACCCUCAGCUGUGUGGACUGCUGGUUCUGGUGAUCUGGAUCAUCAGUGCUGUGUAUUCCUUAAUACAAACUUUAAUGUUGUUACGUCUGUCCUUUUGCACAAAUGUGGAAAUCCCACACUUUUUCUGUGAACUCAAUCAGGUGAUCAAAGUGGCCUGUUCUGACACUUUUCUCAAUAAUGUGGUGAUAUAUAUUGAGGCUAUCUUACUCAGUGUUGGUUCUCUCUUUGUUAUUCUUUACUCUUACUCUAAGAUAGUUUCCUCGAUCCAUAAAAUCUCUUCAGCUCAGGGCAAGUAUAAAGCAUUUUCCACCUGUGCAUCUCACCUCUCAGUUGUCUCCUUAUUUUAUUUUACAAUCAUUGGAGUGUACCUUUGCUCUGCUGCUCCCCACGGCCCAAGCUCAAGUGCCAUAGCCUCAGUGAUGUACACUGUGGUCACACCCAUGCUCAACCCCUUCAUCUACAGUCUGAGGAACAAAGAUAUAAAGAGGGCCCUGACAACAAUUAUUGUAAUGAAAACUACAAAAUGA